AUGCAGCAGAACGCUUCCUCGAUCAAGACCGUCGUCGUAGGUGAUGGCGCCGUAGGAAAGGUCAGUCCCAGCAAGCACGGAGACGGACGGAGCAUUCUUCCCCGAGAUGCGCUGACCGCAGGUGGCUUGCGUGCACGGAUCUUUUGCUGCGAUAGACAUGCCUCUUGAUCUCUUACACGACCGUAAGCUUACCCUUGCGAGGCUCACGAGAGCAUCCCUCGAAGGAGCGAUACUAAUGCCGAUCUGACUCCUCCCCCCCUCCCCCUCGGCGUCACUCUUUUACCUCAUCUACGGGCUUCAUCAGAACGCUUUCCCCGUGAGUCCAUUUCGAGGUUCGUCUACGCGGCGGGAACUGGAUCACUGAUGAGCUGUUCUCGAUUCGCUCCCCAGGGUGAAUACAUUCCCACCGUGUUCGACAACUAGCAAGUCCCAGCUCCCCCAGUCCAUUCGAAGCCAAGCUCCCCUCAUCUAACCACCCAAACCCCCCUUCCUCUCCACCACAGCUCGGCGAAUGUCAUGGUCGACGGGAAACCGAUCAACCUCGGACUGUGGGAUACGGCCGGUCAAGAGGAUUACGAUCGUCUGCGCCCCCUGUCCUACCCCCAAACGGACGUGUUCCUCAUCUGCUUUUCCCUCGUUUCGCCGCCUUCGUUCGAGAACGUCAGGACAAAGGUGAGCUUUCUAAAUCAAACCCUUCCACUCUUGAACGAACUCUGACGCCCCUAGCUCCCACGAACAGUGGUACCCCGAGAUCUGCCACCACGCGCCCAACAUCCCCUUGAUCCUCGUCGGCACGAAAUUGGACCUACGAGAAGACGCCGACACGAUCAACAAGUUGCGCGAACGACGGAUGGCCCCGAUCGCGUACCAACAGGCCGCUCAAAUGGCCAGGGACAUCGGAGCCGUUCGGUGCGUAGAACGCUGAGCACGUACUGAGCUCGAAGAGAGAUCGUUCGAACUGAGCUGGUUUGCGGGCCCCUUUUUCGCAGGUACUUGGAAUGCUCGGCCCUGACGCAAAAGGGCUUGAAGACGGUCUUUGACGAAGCGAUUCGAUGCGUCUUGGCUCCUGCGGCAACAGAGAAGAAGAGAAAGCCAAAGGCUUGCGUCAUCUGUUAA